UGUACAUACACACACAGAAACAUGUACACACACGCGCACACACACAGAUACAUGUACACAUACAGACACACAUACAUACACACAGACACAUGUACAGAUACACACAUGUACAUGCAUACACAGGCACACACACACACCACCGCCCCAUAAAAAGUUGCAGUACUUCGUUGUUCACUCACAGAUCUGGGUACUGCACUCUAGGGGGAGGCAGAGAGCACAGCACACUCUCCUUGCUUUGCUUUCACUGCGCUCAGCUAUUGAGCAGCCCGACGGCUCCCGGUGCCAAUGACAGAUCCAACCUGAGCUCCAAGCCUGCUCAGCAAGAUGGCCCUGGGGGACACACUCGCCCCCACCAUAAUUUCCACUCGCCAUUGGCAAGCAGGCGAGUGGAAAUUUCAAGCCCUGGUAUA